CAGCCAUGAGCCUCUCACCAGGGGGCCAUGAUGUGCUUGAACGACGGCUGAUAAGAACGGACCCGGUGCCAUGUGUGUUUGAUCAUUCUGGAUUCUAUCUACGUCUUUUGUUUGUGUCUGCGUGCGGCGUCCAUCUCUUUGACAACGCGGGUAUCCGGUUCGACGGGUUGAUCAGCCGAGUCGGAGAGAGAGAGAGAGAGAGUCCACACUUCAACCGCAAUCAUGGCUGACAUUGACAACAAACAGCCAACGGAGCUGCCUCGGACAGAGACCAUCGUCUCUAGCUCGGACAAGCGCCCCGCGUCCAUCACAUCCGCCGCAGCUCCAACAGACACGCAGUCCCCCGACGAUGCUCCCAACAAGCAGCAGCAGCACAAAACGGGCGCCGACGCCGCCCUCGACCUCCUCGCCGAGACGGGGCCCCUGGACGGCGCCGUCGACCCGGAGCUCAACCGCCGGCUCAAGCGGCGCAUCGACACCCACAUCAUGCCGCUGAUCUGCGCUGUCUACUUUUUGCAGUACAUCGACAAGACGUCCAUUUCGUACGCCAGCGUCACGGGCAUCCAGCAGUCGACGGGCCUCCACGGCAACCAGUUCAACUGGGUGGCCUCCAUCUUCUUCUUCGGUCAGCUCGCCUUCGAGUUCCCCACCGUCCGCCUGCUCCAGAUGUUCCCCCUGGCCAAGUACACCUCGGUCAACGUCACCCUCUGGGGCGUCGUGCUGGCCUGCCUCGCCGCCUGCAAGAACUACGCCGGCCUCCUCGUCUGCCGUUUCCUCCUGGGCGUUUUCGAGGCCGCCGUCGUGCCGGCCUGGGUGCUCUUCACGUCCCAGUGGUACACCAAGCAGGAGCAGGCCUUCCGCGUCGGCAUCUGGUUCUCCGUCUGCGGCGCCGCCCAGAUGUUCGGCGGCUUCUUCGCCUACGGCGUCGCCGUCCACGUCGGCCGCGACCCGGACGCCGCCCUGCGCGGCUGGCAGGUCAUCUUCCUCUUCCUCGGCCUGCUGACGGCCGUCGUCGGCAUCGCCUUCUGGUUCGUCAUGCCGGACUCGCCCGCGUCGGCCGCCUUCCUCUCGCCGCGCGAGAAGUCGACGCACCUGGCGCGCAUCCGCGACAACGAGCAAGGGAUCGGCUCCCAGCAGUUCAAGUGGGCGCACGUCAAGGAGGCCCUGCUCGACACCAUGACCUGGCUGUACGCCUUCUGGAUCUUCGCCGCCAACAUCCCCAACUCGACGGCCACCAGCUUCGGCAACAUCCUCGUCAAGGGCAUGGGCUACACGAGCGAGCAGUCGCUGCUGCUCGUCACGCCCCUCGGCGCCUACGAGAUCGUCGCCCUCGUCGGCCUGACCUGGCUGGCCAUGAAGACGAGGCAGCGCCUGUACUGGUGCAUCGCCGGCCACAUCCCGGCCAUCGUCGGCGCCAUCCUGAUGGCCACCACCGACAGGGUGCCCGCCCUGAUCGGCUACUACACCUCGGGCGGCAUCCCCAUCGGGUGGACGACGAUCCUGGGCCUCCAGAGCUCCAACGUCGCCGGCUCCACCAAGAAGGUCACCGUCGCCUGCAUCGGCACCAUCGCCUACACCGUCGGCAACAUCAUCUCGCCCCAGACCUUCCAGCCCCGGGACGCGCCGAGGUACCUGCCGGCCAAGGUCUCCAUCUGCAUCAUCUACUUCCUGGUCACUGUGGACCUGUUCGUCAUGCGCUGGGUGCUGGACAGGAGGAACAAGAAGCGUGACGCCGAGAAGGCCGCGCUGGGGGAUGCGUACAAGGUGGAGGAGAACCACGAGUUUUGGGACCUGACGGAUCUCGAGAACAAGGAGUUCCGGUAUGAACUGUGAGGACGAGGUAGUAGAAUCAAGCGGCGGGUGGGGGUGAGUUCCUCGAGUUGAUUCAUAUCUGGUGAUAGAAGCGACACAUUAACACAAGUAUUCAAAAGGUCCUAUCGCCCGAGAUUCGUUUCUUUCCGAAUGUCUUGCUACUUCUUGAAGAGUUAUACGUCUUCUUAUGGGGGGUUUUUAUCAUGGCCGCACGGCUUUCUUCCGAUGUCUCUGCUGGGAUUGGGACAAGUUAGGAAACAACCGUCAUAUGCCGCCGCCACGGCUCCAG